GGAGUCUCGUAUUUUGUUCGAAAAUGGAAGCGAACAGCCUGAACGAAAAGCUUUGGAAAAAAUACUAGAAGUUGCCAAGCAACCUGCUGGAUUCUCUUGAAUUUGAAACCGAGGCCGCUUCCUCAAUGACCACUAGCGGAAAACGACAGCACCUAGCGAACAGAGUCGAAAUUGAAGUGUGGAGUGGUGCGGGGCAAGUGCGGGGUGCGGCGUGUUGGGGUUCGAAACUUAUAUCGUCUUGGGCGUUCGCAAGCUCAAUCUUGUUGAAUUUAUCAGUAUCAUUAAAUAAUUCUAUUUUGUAUUAACUUUCUAGAAGCCACACCGGGCUAGGUCAAACAAUUGAAGAUGAGUGCCCAAACGAUGCAGAAAGGAACUUUUUCAUCGGACAGUGAUGUACACGUCACACGUGAGGACCAAAGCAAGAUCAACAAGUUUGCGAGACUCAACGCCAAACUGCAGGACCUUCAGGAUGAAAUCAAAGACAAAGAGAACCUGAUGAAGAACCUGGACGACGCGAGUGACGAGCUGCUGAUGGUGGAUGACGAGGAGGAGCCGGUGCCGUUCAUGGUGGCGGACGUCUUCUUCCACACACCGCUCGAGGAGACCAAGGCGAAGCUGGAGACGCUGAAGGACGAGCUGACACGGCAGAUGGAGGAGCUGAACAGCAAGGGCAGCCGCUUCAAGGAGGAGAUGGCGUUGCUGAAGCGCGACCUCUACGCCAAGUUCGGCGACAACAUCAACCUGGAGCCGGACGAAGACUAGGCGUCAAUCGAGCUGUCAUCCGCGGGUGGGGUUAGGGUGAUCCACUGAGACUGUGUGUGGGAUGAGCGCAGGCGUGACCGAGUGGCAGUGUUCGUGUCCAGUAAUCAUUGCCGUCUGUGUGAGACUGGACUGGACUGUCUAACCGCUCAGAGUUUGUAAUGAGAGCUGCUCUGUCGGAAGCUGCCUGGGAGUGCGUUUGUGCGCCGUUUGUGCGUUUGUGAAAGGUUCAGUUGGUGUGUAUUUGAAAGGUUCAGUUGACUCUAACAUGUGGUUAACAUAUGGUCAUUGUUUGGAUAACACGUGUAUGCGAUGGUGGUCGAUACAGCAUCAAAUUGUCAUAAAAAAAUAAUAGCUUUCAGGCAUUGGGGAGUCUGUUACAGAUUUUAUAACUCUUUGUUGACCAUUUGACGUAGUUCUCUGCGAGUUUUGUUGGUUGAGUUUCCGUUGCGCUUAAUUUCUUACCAGUCAUUUAACAUCCGCCACCUCACUAUAUGUCCUCACGGUACUCGUGGCACGUACCAGUGUCCAUUUUGCCGACUUUGUUGUGACGCUCGCGUAAAUUAUGCUGUCUGUGGAUUUGUAACAUAUUGAUAAAGGUAAACUAAUUUGACAA